AUGCCCUCAAACAAUAAGAAAAGGAAGAAACUCGCAUCCAACCCGGCUCGGGGGUUUGCGACAGUCUCAAUGCCCUCGAAACCAAAAUCCACGGCGACUACUGACUCAACAGGUCGCACGACUCCAGCAGAGUCCAAGUCCCUCUCGGAGAGUGACCUGCCUACUCCCGCGGAGAGAACCCUGCCGGCGACAGCGACGCACGAACCCCCUUCGCUACAGAACUACUCCCCAGAGGAUUUAGAGAGACACCUAGAGGAGGCGGAGUUACAGAUAUUGGUGGAUAAAUACGCACUCAAGUGCAAGAAUGAUGCAUCCCGCCAGGUCUCCAGAUUGGAAACCGAGCGAAGAGUUCUCCGGCAACAGGCCGUGCUAUUAAACCUACUAGAAUGGCUUCCCAAGAAUAUCCUGAGCUCGAUCCUGACUCUCGCGGAGACUGAGGAGCGCGAGCUAAGUCCCUUACCGGGUCGGGACCAGAACGGUCUGAAAAAGUCUGCCACGGAAGAAGAGCUGUAUAUGAGACUCUGGACCCUACGGGAGGUCCUCCUUAGACUCGGUUUUCCCGAAGGAAAAGUAGAAGAGUCAUUAAAGCAUCUUUUACUUUAUUUCUCUGGUAAUUUUGUCCAAACUAAUAGGGAAAUGGUGUGUAAUCUAGACGAGGCCCUGGAUUGGCUCGCCAUGCACUGCAGUCUCGAAGAACUACCGUCCUACAUGCAGACAAAUAAUCUCCAGUUAUGCAAAGACGAAAAGAAUAUCUCGUGGAUAUCCGAUCGUGAGCCAGUACAAUCCCCGGCCACCAAAGGAAUACAGGAUGGCAACGAGCCCAAAAAGACAAAGGUUGAUGUAAAGGGAUCGAUCUCUCCGAGUCCCUAUGACUCGGAUAGUUCCUUGGAUCCUGACACCCUGUUGCCAAAAUUUUUGGAAUUGCAAACUAAGCUAUAUGGCCUCCGGCCUGAGCUUUUCGACAAGCCCAAGAGAGCAAAGAAAGCAGGCCGCCAAGCCUCUGGAUCUAGCACUGAAAACCCUCAAGUAAUAAAACUGCAACGUAAAAUUGCUGGCAUUGAAAAUGAUGUUCUUUUUGACUGUGCAGAGGCCGAAUACCGGUGGAAAGAAAAGCUUGAUGACCUCCGGAAAGAGGCCGCAUUCGUCCGGCAAAGUACUCUCGAUGAGAAACUGUCAGCAGGCCCAGGUGAAAACAAAGAGCAAUCGGAGAACAAGGAGGAGGAAACCUCGCCACCGAGUGAUGAUGUUGGCGAAGCUACUGGCCUUCUAGGCGAUAUGUUCCAGGAUGAGGAGCCGAUUUUGGAGACAGAAGUGAUCACCGAGGAGCUGAAUAAGGUUACCAUACAACUCCGUGACUUUGGGAAAUGGUCUGGUCUAAAUCCUCGACGAGUGUUAGAGGAGACUUGCAAAGCAAGGGAUUCCGGGAGUACAAUUACCUACAAAGACUUCUCCUCUUCGACGCACUCUAAUCGUAAGGCGGUCGAAGUAAGGUGGUCCAAACCUCAGGAUGUACCAUUUCCCUUUGAAUGGGAUGCAGUCACACACAAGUCAAGUCCAUGGGCCACCUUUGUCGCAAUGGAUAACAUGGCAACGCCAACUGCCCAACAAGCAGAGGCCUUCGUCUCGACGCUUGCAAUUUUCAUCCUAUUCCCACAGAAUUCAAAGGAAGGGAAAUCAUAUUUACGCCUCCCAGCAGUGUGGAGGGAUCUAUGGGCUGAAUUUGCAACUGCAAAAAAACUCCAAGAAGACGAGGAAGAGAAGAAAACUGUCAAGAGUUUGAAGAAGUUGAUACAAGAGAAUCACGGGAGCUUUGAGGAUGACAUUGUCCUGUUAGACAAUUUCCGUAGGAGAAAUGGAACUCCGAGCAGGCAGAAUUCUCCCACAAAAGCUCCAAGCGUAAGGGAAACAUCAAACCCUGAGUCUCAACUGCAGAAUAUCUGGGCAGAAAAGUCUUCGACUCCUCUUUUCCAUCAGAUGAUCCAAGACAGGAUGAAACUACCGAUAUGGAACUUCAAAGACGAAAUACUCAAAACGCUUGAUACUCACCAUGCGCUUAUCAUCUGUAGUGAAACGGGCAGUGGAAAGAGCACGCAGAUCCCAUCUUUUAUCCUUGAACAUGAGAUGCAGCAAGGUCGUCCUUGCAAGAUAUUCGUCACAGAACCCCGAAGGAUCUCCGCUAUAUCUUUGGCUAGAAGAGUUAGCGAAGAAUUGGGAGAAAGCAAGAAUGAUGUGGGUACAUCCCGCUCUCUCAUUGGAUUUGCCGUUAGGCUCGAGAGCAAAGUGAGCCAAUCCACGAGACUAGUCUUUGCGACAACUGGAGUUGUAGUACGGAUGCUAGAGCGUCCGGAAGACUUUCAAGAUAUUACCCACGUUGUGCUGGAUGAGGUUCAUGAACGCUCUAUCGAUAGUGAUUUCCUGUUAAUUGUCCUUCGCCGGCUGAUGCAGAAAAGGCCAGACUUGAAGCUAAUCCUGAUGUCGGCUACCCUCGAGGCCCAACGCUUCUCUAACUAUCUUGGGGGUGUCCCGGUGCUAAAUAUACCGGGGAGGACUUUUCCUGUGGAGGUGAAAUUCUUAGAGGAUGCUGUCGAGAUGACAAAUUAUCGCUUAUCAGAAAAUGAUUCGAACGCCCUGGUCGAUGAAGACACCGACGAAAUAGCACCCGAGAAUUCCCAGGGAGAUACGACUGGAGGGCUGCUGGCAACGCUUGACGGAUACUCAAAGCAAACCCGAGAGACCAUCCUCAAUGUUGAUGAAUACCGUCUUGAUUACCAGCUAAUCAAGAAGUUAUUAAUCAAACUCGCUUCAAGUCCGGAGUUGGAACACUACAGUAAAGCUAUUUUAAUUUUCAUGCCUGGUAUGGCGGAAAUUCGACGCCUGAACGAUGAGAUUCUAUCGGAGCCUGCCUUCCAGCAAGGGUGGAUUGUUCAUGCACUUCACUCGUCUAUCGCAAGUGAAGAUCAGGAGAAAGCGUUUGCGGUGCCACCACAGGGACUGAGAAAGAUUGUAAUCGCCACGAACAUUGCAGAGACAGGUAUUACGAUCCCGGAUAUAACUGCUGUCAUUGAUGCGGGUAAGGAAAAGACCAUGCGGUUCGACGAGAGACGACAGCUUUCCAGGCUAGUCGAGGCGUUCAUCUCGCGGGCCAAUGCGAAGCAGAGACGGGGACGAGCCGGUCGCGUUCAGAGUGGAGUCUGCUUCCAUUUGUUCACCAAGUACAGACAUGAAAAUUCGCUCGCUGAACAGCAAACGCCCGAAAUGCUUCGGUUAUCUCUGCAGGAUCUGGUCUUGCGAGUGAAGAUCUGCAAGCUAGGGGAGGUAGAACAGACUCUACUUGAAGCUCUCGACCCGCCUUCUUCGAAAAAUAUCCGUCGUGCAAUCGACGCCUUGAAGGAGGUCAAAGCCCUAACAAAUGCGGAAAAUCUCACCCCCUUGGGAACGCAGCUUGCUAAGUUGCCUUUGGAUGUCUUUCUCGGGAAAUUGAUCAUCCAUGGCUCGUUUUUCAAGUGCUUGGAUGCAGCUAUUAGCAUCGCUGCUAUCCUUUCUUCCAAGUCACCUUUUAUUAACACUAUAGGCUCGAACACCAAGAAGGAUCUUUCAAGACUCUCGUUCAAAAAAGGCGACUCGGACCUUCUGACUGUAUACAAUGCAUACUGCGCCUGGAAGCGCACAAAAAACACCUUAGGUGUCAGUGAAUACGCGUUCUGCCGGAAGAAUUUCCUCAGUCCACAGACACUGUUGAACAUUGAAGACAUCAAGAUGCAACUUAUUGUGUCCAUUGCAGAUGCAGGGCUUCUGAAUUUGAAUUCAUCCCAAAAAGCUGCAUUGAGCAGGGCGCGGUAUGGUGGUAGGCAACGACAACUCUUCACUAUUCCUGAGGAGUAUGACCUGAAUAGCAAUAACGAUGUCAUUGUCAACUCCGUCAUUGCUUGGAGUUUUUAUCCUAAAUUACUCACCCGAGAAGGAAAAGGUUGGCGAAACGUGGCUAACAACCAGUCCGUGACACUGCAUCCCACGUCCGUGAACAAACAGUGCGACCCUGCCAUCAAGUGGCUCUCAUAUUAUCACAUCAUGCAAGGACGAAACCGAAAUUACAAUGCAUUUGAAACGAACGCUGUGGACGACUUUGCUAUUGCUCUUUUGUGCGGCGAGGCUGAGUUCAAGAUGUACUCCGGUGUGAUUUCAAUCGAUGCCAACCGAAUCCGGUUUGCAGUUCGAGACUGGAAGUCGAUGCUAGCGCUGAAGGUGCUCAGUGCUCGCGUGCGAGACAUUCUGUCUGGAACCUUCCGCGAUCCACAAAAGGUGCUAUCAUACAAGCAGCAGCAGUGGAUUGAUAUUUGGAAUCAGAUAUUCUCGCAGGCGGGGAAACGCAACUCAUGA